AUGUACCUGACCUCAGAAAACUCUGGCUAUGCAAAACUGAGGAAUCCGAGCUACCUUAUCGAAGCAAAGCACGGGGCGGUAGCCACGGAGAACCAGGUCUGCUCUGAGAUGGGAGUGGAUAUUAUGAAGGCGGGAGGAAACGCCGUGGAUGCCGCUGUCGCUAGCACUCUGUGCAUCGGGGUUGCGAAUAUGUUCUCUUCUGGUGUCGGAGGCGGGGGCUUCAUGACCAUUCGUAUACCCCCAGCCCUCGCGGACGGCAUUUCAUCCGAAGUGUGGACAAUCGACUUCCGCGAAACCGCACCUGCCGCUUCCAAUGAGAGCAUGUACGUUUCCGACCCCAACCUGGCUCGCUUCGGGGGACUCUCUGUUGGCGUUCCUGGCGAACUACGUGGGUUGCAGGAGGCGCAUAACCGCUGGGGCAAGCUUUCCUGGUCGCAGGUUGUCAUGCCCGCUGCCGAACUUGCCUUGGGCUGGCCCGUUUCUAAGGAACUCGCUCUGCGCAUCAAAUGGCCGUUCUUCUAUGACCUUAUGUUUAACAACCCCGACUUCCAGGCGAUCUUUGCCCCUGAGGGUAGGCUGCUCGAGGAAGGGGAGAUCAUCAAGAGGACCAACCUCAGCUGGACGUUGACGACGGUGGCUGAGAAGGGCGCCGACGCAUUCUAUAAGGGGGCGAUCGCGGAUAGUAUCGUGGAGAAGGUCAAGGCCACUGGCGGAAUAUUGACAAGGGAAGAUAUGGCGAACUAUAGUGUAAUCGUACGCAAGGCAUUAGAGGGUACUUACAGAGGGCGAAAGAUUUACACCACCCACGCACCAACAUCUGGGCCCGUUCUAUUACAUAUGUUCAAUCUGUUGGAGCACUAUGACUUUGACCUCAUGCUUGGCGUCAACGUGCAUAGAGUUGUUGAAGCCAUGAAGUUCGGAUUUGCCGCGCGCACGAAGAUUUGCGACCCGGCGUUCAACGACGAUGCGAAUCGAAUUCAUGAAAUCGCAACGAAGGAAUUCGCUGAUAAGAUAGUGGCCAACCUUACCGAUGAUCGCACGCAUGCGCCUGAUUAUUACAACCCGGUCUUCGACGUCAAGAUUGACCACGGGACCAGCCAUAUCUCUACGGUAGACCAGGAUGGCAUGGCGGUUGCUAUCACCUCGACCGUUAACCUUAUCUUCGGCAGCCAGGUGAUGGAUGGGCCUACCGGGAUUAUUCUUAACGAUGAGAUGGACGAUUUCUCUGUCCCUGGAAUUCCCAACGCCUUUGGACUACUCCCUUCACCCUACAACUAUCCGGAACCGUUCAAGCGUCCUUUAUCUUCAACAACGCCUACGAUACUGGAGAAUGAGGACGGCUCGUUCCACCUGGCCAUCGGCGGCUCAGGAGGCUCGCGCAUAUUCCCCGCCGUGUUCCAGACCAUCGUAAAUGUCGACGACUGGGGCAUGAAUUUGCAGCAAGCAGUCGAGUUUGGCAGGUUGCACGAUCAACUGUACCCGCUCAUUGUGGACGCGGACGACGUCUAUCCCCCCGAUUUGUUGGAUGAGCUAAGACACAGGGGGCAUAACGUGACAGUACUCCCCGUCGAACGCGUAGCUGCGGUAGUUAAUGCAGUCAUGCAAGAUGGUCGCAGUUACUACGCUGCGAGUGACUCUCGAAAGAAUGGUAUCGCGGCUGGAUACUAA